AUGUAGUCUGGCGGCACUUGAACUGCUCGCAAGCACAGUAAUCAGUGGUUUGUUGGCGUCAUCAAAAUGGUCAAAUUUACAGUGGAUGAGUUGCGUCGCAUGAUGGAUUACAAGCGGAAUAUCCGCAACAUGUCUGUCAUUGCUCAUGUAGAUCACGGAAAGUCAACUUUAACUGAUUCACUUGUGUGCAAAGCUGGCAUUAUUGCAGAUUCACGUGCUGGUGACGCCCGUUUCACCGACACACGUAAAGAUGAGCAAGAGCGUUGCAUUACAAUCAAGUCAACGGCUAUCAGCUUAUACUACGAAAUGUCAGAUGAGGAUACUAAAUGCGUUAAAGCCAUCCAGCCAAUCGCCACCAAUUCUGAAGGGAAAGAAGAAAAGGGUUUUCUUAUAAAUCUUAUAGACUCCCCAGGUCACGUUGACUUCUCGUCAGAGGUGACUGCAGCUUUGCGUGUGACAGAUGGUGCCUUGGUUGUAGUUGAUUGCGUAUCUGGUAAGUUUGAAUUAUUCGAUGUAACACUUUUAGGUGUAUGUGUACAAACAGAAACAGUCUUGCGUCAGGCUUUAACUGAACGUAUCAAGCCUGUGUUGUUCAUGAAUAAGAUGGAUAUGGCAGUCAUGACUUUGAGUUGUGACAUGGAGGAUUUGUAUCAAAAGUUCCAAAGAGUUAUUGAAAACGUCAACGUCAUCAUUUCAGAGUUUGAGACAGCCAAUUCCGCAAUGGGAGAUCUAGCAGUAGAUGCUGUGAAAGGGACUGUUGGUUUCGGUUCCGGUUUGCAGAGUUGGGCCUUUACUUUGAUGACAUUUGCUAGAUUAUAUGCCAGUAAAUUUAAAAUUGAACCAAACAAGUUGGUUGAGCGACUCUGGGGAGAUAAUUUCUAUAAUACUAAAACCAAAAAGUGGACAAAAGAAAAGCCUGCUACUGAUGGUGUUCGAGGGUUCAAUCAAUUUGUACUGUCACCUAUUUACAAGAUUUUUGAAACUAUUAUGAAGAAAACCAAAGAGGAACAAACUGACCUACUCAAUAAAAUGGGCAUAUCACUGAGUGAAGCAGAGAGCUCUCUUCCCGACAAGCAGCGUUUGAAAGCAGCAUUGCACAAAUGGCUUCCAGCUGGUGACUCUCUGUUGCAAAUGAUAUGUAUCCAUCUCCCUAGUCCAGUGGCCUCACAGCAGUACAGAAUAGAAAUGCUCUAUGAGGGACCAAUGGAAGAUGAAGCCGCUAUUGCAAUGAAAAACUGUGAUCCAAACGGCCCUGUUAUGAUGUAUAUCAGUAAAAUGGUACCCACUUCUGACAAAGGUCGCUUUUAUGCGUUCGGUCGUGUAUUCUCUGGCACAAUUGCUACUGGUCAGAAAGUCAGAAUAACUGGUCCGAACUACGUUCCGGGUAAAAAGGAUGAUCUUUACGAAAAGUCAAUCCAACGCACUGUGUUGAUGAUGGGUCGUUACACUGAGGCGAUUGAAGAUGUUCCCUGUGGGAAUAUAUGUGGUUUGGUAGGUGUGGAUCAGUUUAUUGUCAAGACUGGAACAAUCACCACCUUCGCUGGAGCUCACAACUUAAGACAAAUGAAAUUUAGCGUUAGUCCAGUCGUCCGUGUUGCCGUUGAGUGCCAAAAUCCAGCUGAUCUGCCGAAACUUGUUGAAGGUCUGAAGCGUCUUGCCAAAAGUGAUCCUAUGGUUCAGGUAAGUGGUCAUAGCGUGUUUUCCCUUAAUUCUCUUAUUUUAGAUAACCACGGAAGAAUCGGGUGAACAUAUUAUAGCCGGUGCCGGUGAACUACAUCUCGAGAUAUGCUUGAAAGAUCUUGAAGAAGACCAUGCCUGUGUUCCUUUAAAGAAAACAGAUCCAGUUGUUUCAUAUCGUGAGACUGUUACAGAUGAGUCAAAUCAAGUUUGCCUAUCCAAAUCCCCAAACAAACACAACCGACUCUAUAUGCGUGCUUCUCCUUUAUCAGAAGAAGUAGCUGUAGAUAUUGAUGCAGGCAAAAUAAAUGCUCGUCAAGAUAUGAAAGACCGUGGUCGCUACCUAGCCGACAAUCAUGGUUGGGAUAUUCAGGAAGCCAGAAAGAUAUGGUGCUUCGGUCCAGAAAACACAGGUCCAAAUGUUGUGGUCGAUACUACAAAAGCAGUUCAGUAUCUUAACGAAAUAAAAGACAGCGUUGUCAGUGCUUUCCAGUGGGCAACCAAAGAAGGCGUUCUUUGUUCAGAAAACAUGCGUGGAGUUCGUGUAAACCUGGAAGACGCGACACUGCACACAGACGCAAUUCAUCGUGGUGGUGGCCAAAUCAUUGGUACAGCACGUCGAUGCUUUUAUGCCUCUGUCCUAACAGCUAAGCCUGGGAUUCUUGAGCCGGUUUAUCUGGUUGAAAUACAAGGUCCCUGUGUUGCAAUGGGCGGAAUUUACAGUACUUUGAACAGAAAGCGUGCCAUCACAAUUUCAGAAGAACGAAAAUCCGACAGCCCGAUGUGUAUUAUUAAGGCAUACUUGCCUGUAAACGAGUCAUUCGGUAAGUGUCUUUAUACACUUUUUUGAUGUGGUUGUGUUCUCUAAGCUGGAUGGUUUUGCGAAGCUGUCAUCACCCUACUCGGUGACAUCUUCAGCGAAUACUUCGAUUUGAAGUGAGCUUUUAGAUUUCUCCCCGAGUUCACUAAUCAUUUCCAGACAUCUUUACACACGUUAUAUACAUUAUAUAUACAUCUUUAUACAUUAAAUUGCUUUCCAGGUUUCACCACAGAUUUACGCGCGGCAACUGGCGGUCAGGCUUUCCCUCAGUGUGUCUUCGAUCAUUGGCAGACAUAUCCUGGUGACCCACUGGACCCGACGUCAAAACCAGGACAAGUGGUUUUAGAAACAAGGAAACGUAAAGGUCUUAACGGUGGUGUUCCUGCUCUGGAUAACUACCUAGACAAAUUGUGAUGCCUUAUCUGUGUAAUCUGAUAAAUUAUAAAUAAAUUGACUGCUCUCUUGG